CUGUCAGUGAGUAAUCACAAAUAAGGUAACAUUUGUUGAAUCUGAGAGAUGCAGCGAUAAGCCUAGGAAAUAUGGACUUCAAAACAUUGCAGAACACGCGAACAUGGUUUGAAGAUGAAAAGAUGAUAUCAUAUCAAAAUUUACAGCUUGUAGAAGAGGUGGAUUCAAAAUGGCAAAAGUAGAAUGAUUUGCUCAAAAUACUUUCGAAAUUUUACCAAGACACUGGUAGCUGUGUGUAUUUUAAUGCUUGGAGUCAAUUUUCUUCAACAUUAUCAGUUCACUAAUAGAAUCAUUCGAAAGAAAUCAAGUACCAAGCAAGCAAACAAUUGGUCAACUACAGCCAGAGUUCCAAGAAAGAACGACAUCCAAUACAUUACCUUUGGAAAUGAGCUUUUAAGCGAGGUUAAGAAGAAGAAGCUGAACUGCGAGUACCCGUUUAUAGGCAAAAACCUUUCAAAAUCAGAGGAUGAAAACGUCAAAUGCAAAUUGGUUCCUCCCUCUGAGGAGGAUUGUGAUGCCGCACAGCGCGCGUAUGGUGAUAUGCCCAGAGACAGAACUUGCCACGAAGGACGAGAUAACAGAUUCGCUGACAUCUGUCGUUUUGCGAACGACUCUUUUCGCUUAUCAUCAGAUGUGAACUUACGCUUACAAUGUGAUCCCUCCGUCUGCAAAAACAGUCCAGUCUAUGUAGGUGGAAUACAUCCUUCACUGGGGAUACUCUCUGAUAUGGAACAAUGGGCAGUUGCACGGGGGAAAAAUGAACUUGUAACGACUUUGAAUACUAUCAUAAAGGAUUUGAUUUCUAGAGGAAUCGAUUUCGUUUUCAUUGGUUGUAAACCGGACAAGAAGAUGAUCAAGCAAGUUCUUGUAUUGCCGCCUUUACUGAAACUAGAUGAUAAUCGGAAAAACCGUCGUAAAUCGUCGGUAUACGCUAAUAUCAACAUUCUUGUUCUCGAUUCGGUGUCACGUGAGCAUUUCUUCCGCAGGCUGCCCGAUACUGCGAAAAACCUGAAACAGAUAAACAGAGACCCAGCCACCAAUGCAAGUGUUCUCGAUUUUGAACUUUUCCAAAGUCUGGCUCCACGAACGUUCCCGAACAUUCGUGCAUUGUUUAGCGGCGUUGUCGACAAAGAUACCGAUGAUGACGAGCAUACAUAUGAUAUCGGGAAUUUAUUCGGAGAAUUCAUAGCUCAUGGCUACCAGACAAUGCUGCAAGAGGACAGCUGUUGGUUCGACUCUUGGGGAGCAAUUAUCACUGAUAAUGUUCACGACCUCACGCCACUAACGACAACGGAAAGGUUCCUUGACCGUUGGACUGCUCUCAAUAAACGUCUUCGAAUGAUGCAAGUCAACAGUUUUGGCCUAACACAUCUUACAUGUGAGGUCCUUCUUAGAUACGGUGUUACAAACCAAUUCAAUGAUCCGCAAAAAGUUUGCUACAACGGCAAGCUGCUCACCACCUACUUUUUGGAUUAUGUCAAGAGUCAUUUUCUGCCGUUCAAUAGGCAGAAGUUGCUUAAACCGUUGCUUCUUUACACUCAUUUAAAUACUGGGCAUGAAAAGUCAGGGAAGAGGAUCGCAAAAAGUGAUCCUGAACUAUCAGACUUUGUUACACAUGCUGCAAAACAGGAUAACACAAUCACUUUAAUCAUGUCGGACCAUGGGCCUAAAACAACACGGUUUGCCAGGGACAACGACCGUGGACGCUACGAGUUAGCGCACAGUUUCCUUUUCAUGAUAAUACCAGAUAAAAUCCGCACAGCACUUGGUAAGCAGUACAGUGCUCUUGUUACUAACCAGAAGCGCCUAAUUACACCGAAGGAUCUUCAUUUUACGUUAACUGGACUAUUGCAGGGCCAUAGUGAGGGUCUGCUGCAACCUAUCGAUCCAAAACGAGGCUGCGAGGACCUUCCAAUGUAUUCGUUUACUCACUGCCUUUGUUCUGGGUGGGUGAUCAGGCUACCGGAUGCGGAAAGGUCUGUGGCCUGGAUUGCUGAGUUUGGUCUUGGGUACCUCAACAAUUUAAUACAAAAAAUGUUUACAAAGGAAACACCGAACAGGACUGGGGGCUAUGGAAACUGUGAGAGGCUGAUCGGCCUUCGCUUUAUCAACAUAAAAACAAGGAAAGACGGCAACCAGAUGGUUUAUAAUUUUGACAUCGUCGUUUAUCGCUACAGAGGUGCAGAAAUGUUCGAGUUCGCGAUUUCUGAAAAAAUAAAUGCCGGGAACUCUGACGAGCUUUUAAAAGUUCUUCAAUGGCGUCGAGUAAGCAUCUUUCAGCAUUUUCGGAAAUGUUUGGAUACCGGCGUACUUCCAGAUCUCUGCAUUUGUCGUCCAGAGAGCUCCGGUUUGAACCCGGGCCGGGACCUGACGCAGCUGUUGUCUAGUAAAUUCUACAGUGUUAGAACCAUAGCUGCGUAUCUGGAUUCUAGAUGUCUAAUAUUGCUUACGAGGACAAGGUCGAAAUCUCACAGGGCUUACGAGGUUACGAAUGUUUGCGUUGACAGGUCAUACUCGUUUCGAUUCGAUCUUACUCGAAACGCACUUGAACCUAAUUUUCUACAAAUUGCCGGUAAACUGCCGAUGAACGUAACAGUAUACCCUUGGACGACACACUUCUUAACUUCAAUAUCUCUAAGAAAUUAUGACGACGCUGAUAUCACAAAAGCAGGAAAGAUAGAACUUAUAAAGUACUUUAUCAUCCAAUGAGAUGAGUCUGCAAACAGUCAAAAUCCGCGUGUAAGAGCCUAACAGGUUUUGCACAAGGUAUACUUAAUGUGAACUGUUAUUAUGAAACAAUUAUUGCUACUUUUUUAUAAACAGUCCUGUAUCAUUUAUCACUUGUUGGUGGGCUUGCAACAUUGGUACACUAAUAAAUAUUUAGAAUGCAGAGCCGACCAGAUUUAAUGCUAUUUUCUGAUAAUCAUCAACAAUAUAUACUCUGUAGAAAUUAAAAACCUAACUAAGAACCUUCUUAGCCUAAACUGUCAAUAAGUGUCCUCUAAAACAAGAACCUGUUUUGCCAAACUCUGAAAAAAGGAGGUUCUUAAACGUGGGUUUUUACUGUAUUGUAAAUUCGGUGUGAUAACAACAACAACACAGACAGCUUGUUGUUCUGUUGUAUCAUUGUUGUCGUCCAAAUUGUCUCUUUUCACUUUAAGAAUACACGGUGGCAUGCACCUGAUACAAGAAAUAAAUGGCGUCGUAUAGAAGAAAAACCCUAUUUUUACAACGCGAAGUUAAAUUAAGGAGAUUAAUUAAGGAGACUAAUUAAGAAAGUAACUCCUUUGGCAUAAAACAAUAAACUCCCUGUUUCGCUAGCUUUUAAUUUUAAAUAAAAUUCUAGUCUUUCAUUUUGUUUUGCGGUUCUGUAGAUAUAAUUUUAACGAUUGUUGAUACCAAUCGUAUCAACAUUGUAUUGUUGAAGUUAAAUUACCGUUUUAAGAGGGGAUGAGGUGCAGGGGAAGUUUGCUUUUAUGGUUUAGAACAAACAAGCCUGACAGCCAUAAAGGUUUUCCUAUUUCUGAAUAUUUACUCUUGCCAGUCAGCAUUCUUCAAAUCUAGUCAUAAGAUAGCAAAAACACAUAAGGCUAUAGGAAAAGGCCCUUUAUAUUUAGCCUCUUUCAGAGGUUGCCUCAAAACAAUAUAGCCUCAUUUGUAAAGAAUCAAAAUGAAGACAGGGGACGGACAGGAGUGCCGCUGAUGGUGUAGGAUUUAUUCCUUAAACCAGACUAUUUCUACAUAUGUGUUAAUGAAAAAGUCCAGAAAAAUCAGAGGCUAAUAGAAUGUUUGCCAGCAUUUGUUUGUCCCCUUUUUGUUCUCCUGUUUGUCUAUUUUACGGUUUUCUAGCUUAUUGUUGACAAGCUCGAUUCUGUGCAAAAACACGAUACAAAGGUUCAUUUUUUUAAGAGCUAUGAAAAUAAAAAUUCUCUGGAAAAUCGAAUGGUGGCUGCAAAAGUAAGAAUUUCACCAGUAAUACCAGAAAUAGGAUAAUCAUGACACGAUGUUUCGAUUUAGUUGCUUUUGUUUAUAUCCGUAGCAAAGUUUAAAGUAUGUAAAAACUCUUUUAGUACCUUGAUAAACAAAUAAUGGGUAAUUAUUGUAAAGUUUAGACUAAUUGCUUUCAUUUUAUAUACUUUCCUAUUUGAUAUUAGCUACGUUUGAUAUAGGAAGAAAAUGAAGUAUGGUGUAUCUAUUGACAAAAAGAAUUAGCAGACUGUAUUUUAUUUCUCGCUCUAAAAUUGCUCGUAUUUUUUAAAGUAUGUGUAGCUAAAUUAUUUUUUUCUUUUUUUUACAAUUUGUUGUUUUCUUUGCCAUCUGCUUGAUAUUCUUUUUAAUUAUCAGAUUGAUCAUGAGCUCUUUUCUUUCUUCAAGUAUAAUUAAUCUUAAUAGCAACAUUCACCAUAAUUUUUUUUUCAAAUUUCAUGUAGGAGGAAAAUCGUUUUAUCUAAAGCAAAGGAUACUCCAAUCAUUUCAAAACUAGCUAGAAAUUAGGCUCUGCCUACAUGUAAUAGCAAUCUCAAAUCUGAAUACUUUUUUAUUAAUAAUACCGAGAUGUCGACAAAAGAUAUCUAUCUCGGGUAGAAGGGCCAGCCCUCCUCGCGUAAUCAGGCCCUUGGAGUGCAAGAGAUUCAAAUUAUGAACAGGCUUAUUAAAGCCUCGUCGCAAAGCCUCAAUGAACUCAUUUUUUUAUAAGAAACAAAGGUCGAUGUUGAGUACUCCAGUUUAUUAAUGUUCUAGAAAUUUCAAUACUCAUUGUUUCUUAAGAGUUUCUUAAUUACGAUGUCAAAAAUGAUGUAUGAAAUGUU